CUGGCUUUUCUUUGUUCUCAAUAAUCGAAAAUGUAAAAUUAUCAAAUCAUAUCCACUUUUCUUGUGCCACUGGCUUUUCUUUGUUCUCAAUAAUCGAAAAUGUAAAAUUAUCAAAUCAUAUCCACUUUUCUUGUUGUGUCAAUAAAAAAGUGAGAAUUGACCCAUUUACGCUGCUCGGUCACACUGGUUGCCAUACACUGCGAAUAUUCUAGAUUUGAAGCGAAUUUUCUAUACAUUAAGCGAGACCAAAACAAAGUUAUAAUGGAACAAUGCUACAACAGAGGCUGUGGCCAAACCUUCGAUCCGGCGACCAACAAUGAUGAAUCUUGUCGACACCAUCCGGGUGAUCCGUUCUUCCACGACGCCUACAAAGGUUGGUCCUGCUGCAACAAGAAGUCGGUGGACUUCACAGAGUUCCUCAACAUCAAGGGCUGCACGCUGUCCAAGCACUCCAAUGUCAAGCCGCCGGAGCCGGAGAAGCCGGUUAAGAAUGAAUCGGACAAGGACGAGGUCAUCGAGGUGCGAGCCCCCAUCAAGGAAGCAUUGCCCCGACCGCCCAUAGCAUCCCCGCUUACCGUCCUAGAGCCAACGGUGGCUCCCGCCUUGAAAGAGAUUGUUUUUUCGGGCAAAACUCCGGUGGCAGAAAACUCCAGCAACACCAUCGAUGUGGGCACCAGUUGCAAAAACAACGGAUGCUCCUACUCCUUUGCGGGCACCAGCAGCGACUACGGCGAGUGCACCUACCAUCCGGGUGUGCCCAUCUUUCACGAGGGCCUCAAGUUCUGGUCGUGCUGCCAGAAACGGACCUCGGAUUUUGCCCAGUUCAUGGCGCAGAAGGGCUGCGCCUAUGGGCAGCACAAGUGGGUGAAGGAGAACGAUGACAAAAAGGUAGUGCACUGCCGCUACGAUUGGCACCAGACUGCCACCAAUGUGGUUGUGGCCAUCUAUGCCAAAAAAUAUGAUUACAGCCAGAGUCUGGUCGAGCUUAAUCCCAUCAGGUUGCAUGUCAAUCUGGUUUUUCCCGAGCAGGACAACGCCCGGUUUGACCUUGACUUGGAACUGCGUGGAAUUGUCAAUGUAAGCAAGGCAACCGCACAAAUGUACGGCACAAAAGUGGAGAUUACGCUGCCCAAACUGGAACCUGGCUCUUGGUCUAACCUGAAUUUCCCCAAUAAGAAGCUGCCUGUGGCCAAGAAGACCCACGAGGAGGAGAAGCCAAAGCAGGAUGAGAGCGACGAUGAGUUCUUCGACCUGGACGACAUCAAGACAGUGACCAGCUACGGCCUUAACAUCUCGGAUUUGAGCUUGCAAAACCAAAACAACCUAGAUUAAUAAAGAGUUGGCAUUUAAUGUUAUUUACAAUACACAAA